UAACCGCGACACCUGAUCUGAUAUUAAUAAUGGCUACGUGGUGGAGAUGGGCCGUGGUGUUGGCAGUGGUGUGCCACGUCGCCGUGGCACAGAACCUUGUUCACUUCUAUGUCGAUGUCAACAAGAAAACUUGUUUUUAUAAAGAUCUCGCCCAGGACGUCGUGUUGUUUGGCAAGUACAAGAUGGAAAUCAGUAAUGAACCUGAUCUGCAAUCCUUCUACACUCCACGGGAUAAGCUCCAUACUGGUGUGUUAAUAGACAUAUACGAGGUGUUUGCCGGUAACAAGCAGUUGGUGCACUUGAAGGGUAAACCACUAGGUCAGUUCACCUUUGAUACGCUUGACUCGGGCCAACACAUGAUAUGCAUCACGCCCCGAAGUUUCUAUAGGAAAUGGCUGGCGGUUGGGGCCAGCGAUCCCAUCGCCAUCCAUGAGUCCAAGUUCAAGCGGGCCCGAAUUCUGCUAGACUUUGAGGUGGGUGAUAGUUUUUUGGUCGAUUCCUCCUUUACUGGUGAUGUUCAGCAACUCACCAACCGAGUCAAGAAGUUGAACGACAAGUUGUCGGAUAUCAAACAGGAACAGUUGUUUAUCAAGAUGAAGGAAGAGUUGUUCCGUGACUUGUCGGAAUCCACCAAUGUCCAUGUAUGGCAAUGGCUGGUGUUUCAGUUUUGGGUAUUCUUGAUCAUGGGCAUGUAUCAGUUGCUAACCCUUCAGCGGUUCUUCAUCAAGGAGAAGAUCGAUUGAACUCAACACAUUCUCAUUUAGUCGGGGCUGGUCCCUUUAUAGAUAAAAUCAAUAAUCCAAAAGUGCGACUCA